CGUCACAGACGUCACUAUGGUGACGACCGUGACUCACGAGUUAUCUUUCUUCCGAUAUGUUCAUCGGAAUAUUAAUCCGAUUCGCAGAACUGGGGACGGAAAAAGAGGACUAGAAGGCCACGUGCUUGUCACCUCUGAUUCUGAUCCUCACUCUGAGAAAUCGGUUUCUUCGCGGUCUAGGCGCUGCAUACCGACCCUUUGGUCUCGGGCAUUUCUCAUUGGCCGGUUAAGACGCGGCAAGUACCGCGGCAUGUACAUAUGACUCGUCACUCCAGGCGCUGAUGUGACGCGACCAUUCUUUUUCUUCUUCCACCACCUGUACAAGAUUCAAACUUUCAUUUUCGUCUCCUGCAGCGUCCUUCCUUCGACAUUUCUCACCAGAAUUUAACUCGGAAAGCAUUCUUCCUCGUCAAUGUCUGCAGAAUGGAAUGCCGUCCUCUUGGAAAACAAAAUCGAUUGCUCAGGACGUGACGUACCCGAAUCCUGAUGAACUGGCAAAUGUACUUUCCAAGCUGGAGCAAUUACCUCCGUUGGUCACCCCCGCCGAAAUCGAACGUCUGCGAUACCAACUCAGCCUCGUACAGCGGAACGAGGCUUUCCUUUUGCACGCUGGUGAUUGCGCGGAGAGUUUUGACGCCUGCACCCAGCAAAACAUCUCCGCCAAGAUCGGUCUGAUCCUCUCGUUUUCCUUGAUCCUCAUUUGGGGAGCGCGUCUUCCUGUCGUUCGAAUCGGGCGCAUCGCGGGGCAGUACGCCAAACCCAGGAGUAGUCCAACUGAGACUAUCAAUGGGAAGAAAGUCACGAGCUUCAGAGGGGAUAAUGUCAAUGGACUUGAUCCAAACGAUCGCACUCCGGACCCUCAGCGUCUCCUGAGCGCUUAUUUCCAUUCCACCGCAACAUUGAAUCACGUUCGCGGAUUACUGACCUCCGGAUUCGCCUCACUUCAUCACCCGAGGGACUGGUCCUUCAAACAUGUUAGGUCGCCUGCUCUCAGGAAGGAAUUCGAGUCCAUCGUCGAUGGACUUUCCGAUGCUCUCGACUUCAGCCGGACCAUAGGCGCAGAGAGAACGGCCCCGUUCGAGCAAGGAGGUGGGAGAGGAACUGUCGGCGAGGUCGACUUUUACACCAGCCACGAAGGUUUGAUGCUCGACUAUGAGGAAGCGCUGACUAGGCCAUCCCCGUCAGGCUUCGGCCAUUAUAACACAUCCGCUCAUUUCCUUUGGAUUGGAGAUCGUACCAGACAGCUUGAUGGCGCCCAUGUUGAGUAUUUUCGCGGUAUUCGUAACCCGAUUGGGAUCAAAGUUGGGCCAUCGAUGGCUGAUGAUGAACUGGCAAAGCUGUUAGAUGUUGUCAAUCCAUCUAAAGAGCUCGGGAGGAUAACCUUGAUUUCGCGUUAUGGUGCGGAUAAGAUUGACGCUCACCUACCAGGUCAUAUAGAAGCCGUGAAGCGGUCAGGACAUCCAGUUGCCUGGAUCUGCGAUCCUAUGCACGGAAAGUACGUGUAUCCACCCUUACAUCAGUCAACAGGCUAUAAGACUCGCCAUUUCAGCGCCAUCAUCGGGGAAAUCACAUCCUGUUUGAGGAUCCAUACAUCAUGUGGAAGUCGGCUGGGCGGUAUCAGCCUCGAGUUCACCGGAGAACUGAACGACGAAGGAUUCAGCGUUACUGAGUGUCUUGGUGGGAGUAUGGAACUGAGCGAGGGGCAGCUCGGUCUGAGAUACCAGUCGUUUUGUGAUCCUCGAUUGAACUUUGAGCAGAGUCUCGAUGUCGCUUUUCUUCUGUCGAACCAUUUCAAGAAAGAAAGGCGUGGAAGGCAGGCCGGAACGGACCACGACGUUCUUUAUUCUGAACUGGGCGGGAGAGAGCCCAAGGUUUGAAAUACUGGCAAAUGUCAGGUAUAAUGUACUAUCAUUUUCAGAAGAGAAAUAUAUCGUCUGUGCACGGUCAAGCUGUCCUUUCUGUUAGCUAUUACUAUCGGUGCUCAAGUUUGACGAGUCAUAAUCAGGUGGAGGAUCCUGCAUCUCCGAAGCAUUGUUCCGCCGCCACUCGUUUAGCAGCAAUUCGACCGUUGACUCUAACUGCUCCAGUCUCUCCCUUUCACCACGGACCUCCGCUUCGUCAUGACUAUCCUGUGAAAUGGAUGGUGCAUUAAACCUAUCCGU